AUGAGCGGGCGGCGGCCGCGGGAGGCGGCGCAAGAGGCGCCGGGCAAGAAGCGGGGCAAGCGCGAGCCGCGCGCAGAGCUCCCCGCCGCCCUGCGCGACCGGGCGCUGGUGGAGCGCGCGGCGGUGGCCUGGGCCCGCGGGGAGCCGCUGGCUCACGAGGCCGUGGCCGUGGCCCCCGUGCCCUUCCCGCAUGCAGUCAUCACGGACUUCCUGCCCGGCGGCGGGUUCGCGGAGCGGCUGCGCGCGGAGCUGCUGGACGUGACGCUGCGCCGCCGCGGCAACGACCUCUACCACUUCCAACAGUCCGACGACCUGAAGGAGAAGAAGGAGCCGCAUGUCUCCGCGCUCAGGAAAGUUCUGCUUGACGAGUUCCGACCGUGGCUUUCUGCUGUCACUCAGAUUGAGCUGGAACCAACUAUCGACCUGUCCUGUGCCAAGUAUGAAUAUACAGAUGUCCUGCUGUGUCAUGAUGAUGAGCUGGAGGGGCGGAGAAUCGCCUUCAUUCUGUACCUUGUUCCACCAUGGGAAAAGUGUGAUGGAGGCACUCUGGACCUGUACAGUACAGAUGAGCACGUUCAACCCCUGCAGGUUGUCAAGUCAUUAGUCCCCUCAUGGAACUCCCUGGUCUUCUUUGAAGUGUCUCCAGUCUCUUUUCACCAGGUAUCGGAAGUCCUGUCCAAAGAGAAGUGCCGCUUGUCUGUGAGUGGCUGGUUUCAUGGUCCAUCAGUGGCAAGGCCUCCUGGCUACACUGAAGCCCCCUUGCCACGAAGUCCACACAUCCCCUAUGAUCAUGAAAUCUUGUACAACUGGGUCAAUCCUGUUUAUUUGGACAUGGUUUCCCAAGCUCAGAUCCAGGAGGAAUUUGAAGAUCGAUCAGAGACUUUCCUAAAGGAUUUCUUUAAAAAGGAGAAAUUUCAGUUGGUGUGUGAGGCUCUAGAGAAAGAACACAUCAAAUGGACCAGACGGGGACCCCCCAAUAAAAGAUGCUAUGAGAUGGCUGAGGAGGGGAGCCUUCCAGACAUCCUGAAGAAUUGCUUGGAGUUCUUCCGCUCAGAGGCCUUGUUCCUGUUGCUCUCUAAUUUCACGGGUCUAAAGCUGCACUUCCUGGCUUCCUUCGAUGAGGAGGGAGAAGAGGAUAGGGCUGCAGACUGUGCUGGUCAUGACUCCUCCAGGGCUAAGGAAGGAGAGACCAGUGGCAAUGCUGAUCAAAGAGGCCAGCCGGAAAACUUCCUCAAAACUGCCAAGGGUGAACCAUGGAAUAGCACAAGUGUCCCUAUGUGUGUGGGGGAGCUGAGGCAGUGGAUGAAUGGUUGCUACACUCUAGUCCAUGACACCCAAGCAACAGAGUUUGCCCUGGACCUGAUGUUUUUCUGUGGCUGCGAAGAUUGGGAUGCAGAAUAUGGUGGCUUCACCUCCUAUAUUGCUAAGGGUGAAAAUGAAGAGCUGCUGACGGUGAAUCCAGAGAACAACUGCUUGGCCUUAGUUUACAGGGACAAAGAGACUUUGAAAUUUGUGAAGUAUAUUAAUCACCGUAGCUUGGAGCAUCUGAAAAAGCAUCCAAACAAUGCUGGAUUCUGGGAUUUCUCUUUCAUCUACUAUGAGUGACAGUUCUGUGCAUGACCAGCCUCUGAAAAUUAAUGGCUUGAUGGUGCCGAACUGGAUUUGAGUAGUUGCCUGGAUUGGCUUCUUAAUGGAUGCAGCUGUAAUGCAGGGAUGAGCCAGAAGAGGAAGAGCAAACUUGACCCUACUGCACAAGCUGUCAUCCUGCUGGUGUCCAAGUGACCUUAUGCAUAGGUGGUAAUGAGUGGAAAGCUAGUGUCCUGCUGUCCAGUAUUCUCCCUUACUCAUUCAACCAUGCUAGCCUGGCUACAAAUCAGGGAGUCUAUUGCAUCUCUAACACCCAGUCUGAAUAGCUCCUGUAUGUGAUUUUCAACCCACGUUAUGGCAAUAGAGCAGCAGAAUGAGUUUUCAACUCACUAGGCGCAUCUAUACAAGACACUUAAUGUGCAGUAGACUAAUUUCUAUUGUAUAUUAGCAUGUCACAGCAAAAGCUAUGCUAAUACAAAGUAGAAUUAGUCUACCAAAUAUCAAGCAUCACAAAAAAACUGUGCCUUUGCUACUGUGCAUUUAUAUAGUACUUCAUAUUAACAGUACAAAAUUUAAUGCGCAGUAGCAAAGGCACAUUAAUCCAAAUAUAGAAGCAUCCACUGUGCUACAAAUUGUGGCUUCCUACAACCCCAAAGACAUGACAGCCAAAAGCAGAGGAAAGUGUGGGGGAAGAAAUGAAAGCAGUUAUAUCACCCAAGUUUGCAGUGCAAGCCUGUAAUCUAUUGUCAAAGAGCCAGGCUUGUUCUGAAGCUCUAAAUUUCAAAGUGUGUGUGUGUACAUGAACAUACACAAACAUAAUACAGUAGUUAGCACUGGCUGCCAAAUGGAUAAGUUCCAUGCAAAAAUUUCUGUAAAGAGCUUCACACCUUGGAAAAAUGGGGGUGCUUUCCACUGGCAGAGCUGGUACCUGGGAGAAGGGGAGGUUUGAAAGCUGUUGAGAACUUAAGUCAUUUUUUUCCCCUUAGAACAAUGCACUGCACAAAACAAACAGCCCUUUCCCAAAGAACUCACAGUCUUAAGUACCAGAGAGGAGAGCUUUCCUCUUCCACUCCUGUCUGUUUGCACUGGUGCAAAGAAUACAGGGACAUGCAUUCUUUGUGUAUGCAGAGGACACUGUAAUAGUCUAGGAAAGAGGUCCAAGUAGUAUCUGAAUUAAUGCUAAAGCCUGGGUGGAGUAGAGGUAAGGAAGGGCCUGUCAACCAUUCUUGACCUUAGGAGUGUUUUCUGUCUCCAGGAACCUCUUCUCAGGUCCCUGAGUGUACUCAAGGACUAAUCCAGAUCCUCAAAAGUACUGAGAUGAUUAACCCAAAUGAGUAAGGCACAUAAGCUUUUGGGCCCACAGCCUCAUUUGGAGUUAUUUUUACCUUCCCAACUGCAUGUACUGCUUGUACCACAGCAGCCUUUUGGUUAUAGGCUACUGUUUCUCAUCGGCUGUGGAAUCACUAAGUGACUUCACUAAACUAUAGUAACUCGGUGUAUCCAGCUGCCUGCCUGCUAGAUGCACUUACAUCUCUGCCAGAAGUGCUGUGCCAGCUGUGAGACAAGCAGCUCACUAUGUGGUGCUGUUGCAGUAGAUGUGUUUUGUGUUGUUUUUUUUUAAGGAACAGCAUCUAGCUCGGUUACUUAUAGUAAACACUGCUGCAGCCUG